AUCAUCCUUCACAACAUUCUACACUCUGUCUUGUCUUCUGCUGUAGCUCUCUGAAUCUCAACCAUCUCAAUCGCAUCCACUGUUACAAACUGUGAACUCGAUAGGUUUCUCGGCUUUUUGUUUUGGGAAUCGAGUGCUUCUGCUGUCUAUCUCUACCUAGGUCUACUAUGGCGAUUAUUGUUCAUGGCGCUGGGUUCUCGACCUGUACCCAGCGAACCCUCACGACACUCGCGGAAUUGAAUGUUAAUGACUACAAGCUGGAGUUCGUGGACAUGAUGAAGGGCGUCCACAAGAGCCCAGAGUUCUUGAAGAAGCAGCCUUUCGGACAGAUUCCUGUUCUUGAAGAUGGAGACAUACAAAUUUUCGAGUCGCGCGCCAUUAUCAGGUACCUUGCCGAGAAGUUCGAGGGACAAGGCACACCAUUGUUGGGAAAAACGGUAAAGGACAAGGCCCUUGUUAGUCAGUGGCUGGAGGUCGAAUCCCAGAAUUACAAUCCCCCUACUGCGCAAAUUGUAUAUCAAAGAGUUUUCUCGAGCAUGUUCGGUUCUAGCUGCAACGAAGAUGUGGUAACUGAGCAAGUGGCCAAGCUUGAGAAGGUACUGGACGUGUAUGAAGCUCAUCUUUCCAAUAACAAGUAUCUGGCGGGUGACUUCUUCAGUCUUGCUGAUCUUUCUCACCUCCCUUACACCUACCUGCUUGUGAACGCCGCCGGUAAAAGCGAUUUAAUCACCUCUAGACCUCAUGUAUCUGCUUGGUGGAACGACAUCUCCUCCCGUCCCACUUUUCAGAAGGUGCUCGGCAUGAACGAGUUCAAUAAGAAGGAGUAGACUUCAUCAAUGUCUCAGUCUACACACCAGAGUAGAUGAUAACCGCGAAUUCACGCUUGUGAUAUACAUGUGCAACAUAUUCUCACUUGUAAAUCCAAUCAUGUAAUAAAAGUGAAUUUCGAAACCAGA